GCACAGGCUGAUGUCACGUCACUCGCGGUUUCUUUAGAGAAGGAAGCCAGCAUGCAAUCAAAAAGGGAGGAGAUAACUUUAUAGUGCCAGUUUGGGUUUGGUUUUCUUGACUGACUGAGGUGGUACCAGCUGAGAAAAGGAAUCAGCGCUUGGAGAAGACAGCAAAAACAACCCCCUCCUCCUACACAUGUUUGGCUUUGCAAAGGGAGUGUGCUAGUUCUAACUGACAGCAUUAGCACUGUGAGUGCAGAGGACAAGGCUGGACAUUCUCACUAUGCAUGUACAGAGAAGCAAGACAGGGCCCAGAGAAUGGAAGGAGCACUGGAACAGCCUUUGAUAACCUUUUUCCAACAAACUGAUUCAUUUUUGGUUUGGAAUUACAGAUCACAGAACAGGACAGGGAAGCUUCCCUUGCUGGAUUGUUUAUUAACUUUUCACAAUCUCCCCGAAUGGGGACAUUCAAAAAGGGGAUUUUAUUAACGCUUUAGGAAUCUUUGAUUGUGGAAUAAAUUGGAAACGACUGUGCAUACGGAUUGCUCUGGACAAACUUGUGAAUAGAUCGCUGGGAUUUUGUUAGCAGAAAAUGAACAACGAUACUUGCGAAUCGAAUUCUCCCAAGGAUUACAUCCAUUUCAUCUACGCGGUCACGUACACUGUGAUCCUGGUGCCUGGGCUGAUUGGUAACGUGCUGGCACUUUGGGUGUUCUAUGCUUAUGUUAAGGAGACUAAGAAAGCUGUGAUCUUCAUGAUGAACCUGGCCAUCGCGGACCUGACCCAGGUGCUUACCCUGCCACUUCGGAUAUACUACUACCUGAGCCACUCCUGGCCUUUCGGAGAGUUCCUCUGCAUGUUUUGCUUCUACCUAAAGUAUGUCAACAUGUAUGCCAGCAUCUUCUUCCUUGCCUGCAUCAGCGUUCGGCGAUGUAUGUUUAUCAUCUACCCGCUGAGGUACAGUGGCACCAAGGGCAGGUUUGACGUUUACCUCUGCAUCGGGGGCUGGGUUUUUGUCUUCUUGUCCUGCCUGCCUUUUCCUAUGCUGAGGCAAAGCUCAAACAACUCCACCUCCUUCAACCAGUGCUUCGCAGAUCUCCCAAUGAUGAAGGUCAAUGUGGCGACAGGAGUGACCAUGAUGACCCUGGCCGAACUGAUGGGCUUUGUGCUCCCGCUCAUGGUGGUCCUCACCUGCUCCUGGAAGACAGCCAUUUGCCUGCGCGAGAAGAACUAUGUGCUGCAGGACAGCGGCGAGAAGCGCAAGGCCUUCAAGAUGGUGCUCACGUGCGCCAUUGUUUUCCUGGUGUGCUUUGCUCCGUACCACAUCAGCUUCCCCUUCCACUUCCUGGCGGUGUCGAACGCAGUGUCCACCUGCAGCGUGAAGAUGGCCAUCCUCAAGUUGCACCCUGUCACCCUGUGCCUGGCCAGUCUGAACUGUUGCCUGGACCCUAUUAUGUACUACUUUACCACGGACGAGUUCAAGAGGAGGCUGUCCUGGCAGGAUCUGCCAGAGACUUUUCACCUUUAUAGAAAGUCGUCUUGUUCAGUGGCUACUGUGGAGAUGCCCUUAUAUGAAGUAACUAAUGACAAUCUGUAAAAUAGUUCAGUAUACUGAGAUUAAAUAUUCAACUCAAUUAAAAAAAAAAAACAAGUCUGAGACUGUCCUGCCUCAGUGCUCAAGUUGUUUUUAACCUUAUACUACAUUUUGUCUAGCACACUGGGCAUUUAAUUAGAUGGUCCAAAUUGGGGCAAUCGCAAUGAAGUAUAGCAUAUUUUAUACUCAGCCAACUUAAGCUUCACUAUCUAUUGCCCUGUAAAAACACAUGCAUAAACACACAUUGCUUUUUCUAUGGCCUUGCAUCUAUGCUUCCUUUUGUUGACUAUUUUUUUUUCAACAACCAAUGAAACUGCCAAUGAAAAUUAGUUUAUUUCUCUAUUGUAUCAAUAGGUAUACUAUCAAUCCCAGAGUGAAAACCAGAAAAUGUACUUUUUUUUUGUUGCAGUUCAGUUCAGUAUAUAGGACUGCUAAUUCUACCCUUAUACAUCUGUUAUUUUAAUCUGUUGUUCUUUUUUCAAAUGCAUAUUUUUUAUACAAGUGUAUUAGCUGGGAGGAAAAAAAUGCAAUAAGAAUAAAACUGCGGGCAGCUAACAUUUUUUUUCUUUAAAUAUAUUAAGGAAUUAUUUAAAUGAAGGAACUUUUGUCUGUGAAUUUUGAAGAAAUUAUUUGGUUUAAAUGUUAACUGUCUAGAACUAAAGUACUUAUUUUUGUGGAUGGCAUGCUUUUAAACAGAUUUACCC